GCCGCAGUUGCCAAUGGCGUCGUUGUCCGGCGCGGGCCCCGCAGGGAGCGCGGGGAACCACAACAACAACAACAACUCGGCGGCGGCCGCCGCCGCCAACUCGGGGCGCGCGGCGUCGCGAGGCCUCCUCGCGUGCCGCAACCUGCACGAGUUCCUGCGCGGCCUGGAGGCGCGGGCGCUCGACCGCCUCUACGCGCACCCGGCCCCCUGCCUCGCCUUGCUCAGAGAGCUGUCACCACUGGCCAGGAACUACGUUAUGCGAAUGCUCUUCCUAGAGACGCCACUCCCCACAGCCGCCAUCGACUCCUGGGUCUGCAAGGAUGCACAGAAGGCCCAUGAGGAGAGUGCUCAGUUGCUACGAGAGCUGCGCGUGUGGCAGGACCACGUGAUCCCCGGGGGGCUGCCAGGCCUGGUGCUCAACCCGGUCUUCAGAGCCAACCUGCGUACUGCCCUACUGGGCGGUGGUAACCCUUGGUCCGACGACACGACUGGACUGGGCCCAGACAAGCACGCUCGCGAUGUGACAUCGUUAGGCCGCUACGCCCUGGAGCGAUGGGAGGUGAUCCUCCACUUCAUGGUGGGGUCACCCGGAGCCGAGGUGAGUGCAGAUGUUGCCCAGCUGCUCAUCAAAGCUGGACUCAUGCGCAGUGAAACCGGGGAGCCACCAUGCAUCACCUCGGCGGGGUUUCAGUUCCUGCUGCUCGACACAGCCUCACAAGUUUGGUACUUCAUGUUGCAGUACCUGAACUCCACGGAGACCAGAGGCAUGGAUUUGGUGGAAAUAUUGUCCUUCCUGUUUCAACUGAGCUUCUCCACCCUUGGGAAAGACUACUCUGUGGAGGGGAUGAGCGAGUCAUUGCUCAACUUCCUUCAACACCUUCGCGAGUUUGGGAUGGUGUUCCAGAGAAAGCGCAAGUCUCGCCGCUACUACCCAACCCGUCUCGCAAUCAACCUCGCCUCAGGAAUCUCCCAGGGCAGCACGGACGUUCACCAGCAAGGAUACCUCGUCGUGGAAACCAACUACCGAGUCUACGCUUACACGGACUCGGAGCUACAGGUGGCCCUGGUGGCUCUAUUCUGUGAGAUGCUCUACCGCUUCCCCAACCUCGUGGUGGCGCAGGUGACGAGGGAGAGCGUGCAGCAGGCCAUCGCUAACGGCAUCACGGCUGAACAGAUUAUCCACUUCUUGAGGACGCAUGCCCACCCAGAAAUGAUGAAGCAGACGCCUGUGCUGCCACCAACCAUCACAGACCAGAUCAGACUGUGGGAGAUGGAACGAGACCGACUCGUCUUCACCGAGGGCGUGCUGUACAGCCAGUUCCUGUCCCAGGCGGACUACGAGGUGCUGUGCGUGCGGGCGAGGGAGCUGGGGGUGCUGCAGUGGGAGUGUGCCGCUCGCAGGCUCAUGGUGGUCACUCCCGCCGGGCACACGGACGUCAAGAGGUUCUGGAAGAGGCAGAAGAACUCUUGAGGGGGAGAACGUAUACACACGCGUGUGCGCGUGUAGACACACGCGUGCACGUGUAGACACACGUGCACGUGUAUACUCGCGUGCAAGUGUGUAUAGACGCGCGCACGUGUAUAUACGCACAUGUACAUUUACGGUAUAUGUAAAUAAUAAAAAGACACAAAGUCCAUCUCUCCAAAAUAAAUGCUAAUUAUUUUUCAUC